AUGAUCUCACCUCUCGCGCCCGCUCGAGUCGGGAUUGGAUGGAUAGGGGUCGGGGGCGGGUGGACUGGUGGAGUGGGUGACCGGGAAAAUGUACAUCAAUGGCUGUCCAGUCAGCUUGAAGAAGCUUCAGAGGUGCCUGUUGCUGCUGUGCUUGCAUACUUGCAGAAUGAGAUUGAGCACUGCCGAGAGGAUCCUGUAGCAUCUCCGCAGCAUCCAAGCCAACAGCAAACACAUAGCACCCCUUCUGCAAAUGUUCAAUGCAAUCCCUUCUCGUUUGGGAACAGAGCUGCUGCGCUUGACUCCCGGAUGGAUGAAACAGACCAGACAAGCAAUUCUGGCGUCCCAAAUUCUCUUCCCGACCCUUUACGGCAAAAUUUCCACUCAAAUCAUUUGAUUCAGUCUUCAGGGUAUGGCCCCAUCAACUCAUGUCCCAACGGAAAUGGGCCUCGGAACAACCGGUCGCCACAAAAUCAGGACUCUGUGAAUUGCAAUUUAACUGAGCCCUCCAUGGAUAUGCAUUGUGAUGGUCCUUGA